AUGCUUAACGCUAUACCAGACACACGUAAAUCAGCGGAUUUUAUUGGAGGUUUUCUAACACCAAAUGACAUAGUUAGUGUUGAUGCUCAUCAUGGAGCUCAAGAACAAGAUGAUCAGUUUGAUCGUGAAUCAAUUAAUAUGAGUGAACGACGUCAAUCAUCUGUAUAUUCAAGCAAAAGUGAAACAUCAAGUGUUGUAGUUCCACAAGUAGAUUCGCCUGACGAAUUAGUUCAGCGGCCCAUAUAUGAUGGUGCUCGUUUUCAAGCAGUUCAAUCACGAACACCAUGGCUUCGUUUAUUAGCUGAAUGUGUUGCUGAAUUAUUUGGUACAGCCAUUCUGGUUGUAAUCGGUUGUUCAGGCAUUGCCCAAUUUACUCUUUCAAAAGGUGUUCUUUCAAGUUUUUUAUCAGUCAAUUUUGCCUUUGGUUUCGGAGCACUCAUUGCUGUUUAUGUUGCUGGUCCUGUAUCCGGUGCUCAUAUUAAUCCAGCUGUAUCUAUUGCCAUGUUAAGUUUACGAUCGAUUACACCAUUGCAAUGUAUUACUUAUUGUAUAUCUCAAUUUAUUGGUGCGUUUAUUGCGGCUGCAUUAGUAUUUGGAACUUAUUAUGAUGCAAUAAAUAAAUUUGAUGGUGGUACGAGACAAGUAACAGGUGCAUUAGCAACUGCUGGUAUAUUUGGAACAUUACCGGCACAAGGUGUUAGUCAAAUAUCACUUUUCUUUGAUCAAGUUCUUUCAACAGCUCUUUUACUUAUUGGUAUUUGUUCUUUAUCAAAUAAACGAAAUAAACUUGUAGCAAAUUCUCAAAUUCCAAUUGCUGUUGGAUUUAUUAUUAUUGCUAUCGGUGUUUCUUUUGGUUACAAUUGUGGUUUUCCAAUAAAUCCAGCACGUGAUCUUGGUCCACGUUUAUUAUCGCUUUGUGUUGGUUAUGGAACAGAAGUAUUUUCUGUUGGUAAUUAUUAUUUUUGGAUACCAUGUAUAGGUCCAAUAUUUGGUGCAUUAAUUGGUGCGUGGGCUUAUCAUGGUUAUAGUAAACUAAUGAAAAUACAUAUUGGUGAAGAUGAUAAAGAAAUAACGCGUGCUCGUUAUCAAGUUGAUGUACAAAAUGUUUCACGCAUAUAUGUUUUAUUUCUUUUGAUUUUAUGCCAUUAUUCAUAUGGAUUAUCCAAACUUCCAUUAUGUCAAUGUGAAUGUUGUCCAGGUGAACAAUGUCAAUCUCAUUUAAUGAUUUUUUCAGUUGAUAAAUGUAAUGCAACCACAUGUUCGUUCGAACAAUGUUAUAAAAUGUAUCCAAAAAAGUGUGGUCUUAUACCUGGCUUUACAAAUACAUCAUGCUCUAUUACUAAUGAUUCUACUACAACUGAUACAUUAGAUAAAAAUACUUUAUUACCAUUAUCGAAUACAACAUCAUCUAUUAUUAUAUUACCAAUAACAAUUAUUAUGAAUAUUUUAUUCUAUGUUUUUCUUAAUUUUUAA